ACCGUGGUGCGCAUGUGCGUGGCUACGAGUUUGCUCUCCAAGGGAAGAUGGCGGAACGCGGCUACAGCUUUUCGCUGACUACGUUCAGCCCAUCUGGUAAACUUGUCCAGAUCGAAUAUGCUUUGGCUGCUGUGGCUGGAGGGGCCCCUUCGGUGGGAAUUAAAGCUGCAAAUGGUGUGGUAUUAGCAACUGAGAAGAAACAGAAAUCCAUUCUGUAUGAUGAGCGAAGUGUACACAAAGUGGAGCCAAUUACCAAGCAUAUAGGCUUGGUGUAUAGCGGCAUGGGCCCAGAUUACAGGGUGCUUGUGCACAGAGCCCGAAAACUUGCUCAGCAGUACUAUCUUGUUUACCAAGAGCCCAUUCCUACAGCUCAGCUGGUUCAGAGAGUUGCUUCUGUGAUGCAGGAGUACACCCAGUCAGGUGGUGUUCGUCCAUUUGGAGUUUCUUUACUUAUUUGUGGAUGGAAUGAGGGACGGCCUUAUUUAUUUCAGUCGGAUCCAUCUGGAGCCUACUUUGCCUGGAAGGCCACAGCAAUGGGGAAGAACUAUGUAAAUGGGAAGACUUUCCUUGAGAAAAGAUAUAAUGAAGAUUUAGAACUAGAAGAUGCCAUCCACACAGCCAUCUUAACCCUGAAGGAAAGCUUUGAAGGGCAAAUGACAGAAGAUAACAUAGAAGUUGGGAUCUGCAAUGAAGCUGGCUUUAGGAGGCUUACUCCAACUGAAGUUAAGGAUUACUUGGCAGCCAUAGCAUAAUAAGGAAGUGACUAAAUACUCCAAAUUUCAGAUCAUCUAUCUACUUACACAUGCUUAAAUUAUGUUUUGUUUUUGCAUACUUAUUUCUACAUGGUUUAAGGGACUGAUGUUUUUAAAAAUGACACAGAUCUUAAUAAACUGUUAAAUCUAACUUUA